GCCGCCCACUGUGCCACGGUGCCGCCCACCUGUGCCACCGUGCCGCCCACAUUCUUGAAUAUGCAUUCUUGAAUAUUGAUAUAAACAUGAGGAAGGAGUAAAACAUACAGCUUAUUCAAUGAUUUUUGUUUGUGAUUUCUGAUUUUUUUUUUAAUAUUUAACAGGGGUCCAAUUUAAAGGAAGGAUUGACACCAGUUUUAAGUGUUCUUACAGAAUGUUGCAGGGUGCACAGAGAUAUGAGAAAAUAUAUCCGUUCACGGGUCCUACCUCCUUUGAAAGAUGUAAAGAAUCGUCCAGAAAUUGGCACCACUCUUCGAAAUAAGCUGGUUCGCCUCAUGACCCACAUUGACACUGGAGUGAAACACACUUCAGCAGAGUUCCUGUUUGUACUGUGCAAAGAGAGUGUUGAUUGCUUAUUAAAGUACACUGGCUAUGGUAAUGCUGCGGGGCUACUUGCUGCACACGGGCUACUGGCUGGAGGGAGAGGCGAUGGUCAGUAUUCUGAAGAUGAGGACACUGAUACCGAAGAAUACAAAAGUGUCAAAUCUUUUAUUAACCCCAUCACUGGUCAUGUGGAAGAUCCAAUGCCCAAUCCAAUGGAUGGAAUGACAGAGGAACAAAAAGAGUAUGAAGCGAUGAAACUCGUCAAUAUGUUUGACAAGCUGUCCAGGGAGCAGAUAAUCAAACCAAUGAGGGUUAAACCAGAUGGUACGAUAGGUCCAUUGGAGGAAGCAGCAAAUGAAUACACCAGUGAUCACAAUUCCACUUCAGAUUCUGAUGAAAACAUCUAGCAGUGCAAUUGAAAUCCCUUUACCAAACUCAGCCUACUAUUUUCACAGUAUACAUUUGUCAGUUGGAGAAAAAAAUGGUUUGCAGCAUGAAAUGCAUUGGGUAUCUGUAAUGGUGUCUGAUAGCUGUCCAGAAAGACGGCCUUUACCAGCAGAGAAGAGGUUUUCUAUUUUAUUUCUUCCACACUAUAUUUAUACCAUCAUUUGUAAAGCCAGAGAAUGCUCAGUUUUCUAAUAUUAUCCAGUUCCGUAACUGACAGCAUGAGCACACUACCCAGGAAGUCUGUUAUUUCCCUGACCUGUAUUGGAGUUGGAAU